CCGCUCCUCCAUCACGUGGUGGUGCUGUGGGGAGGCGGCCGGGGCCUACGGAGCUGGCGGCGGCUCCGGGAGAGGCUGGACUCCCUGGCUCUUCGUGCUGAAUGGCUGCGAUGGCGCCCGCUCUCACUGACGCAGCAGCCGAAGCCCACCACAUCCGCUUCAAACUGGCUCCCCCGUCCUCCACGUUGUCGCCCGGUGGCGCCGAGAGCAGCGGCGGCACCAACCUCCUCAUUGCGGCCAACGGAACCAAGAGGAAGGCCAUUGCUGGGGAGGACCCUGGCCUCGACCUGCGCAGCAACCCUGCCAAGGAAGACUUGGGCAGCAAGCUGCAGCCACUGGUGGCCUCUUAUCUCUGCUCCGAUGGAGCCUCUGCCCCCACCAAGGAGGCCCUGAAACUGCAGGGAGUCUUCAGCAAGCAGACCGUCCUCAAGUCCCACUCGCUCCUGUCCCAGUCCUUCCUGAAGACCCACGAGCUCCGAGCCGAGCUGUUGGGGAGGCAGCCGCUCCUCGAGUUCUCCUUAGAAGGCCUGAAGACCGUGACUAUGAGCGGCCAGUCGGCUCUGCCUCAGCCGCCAGUCAAUGGGCUGGCCAAGAAAUUCAGCAAGAGCACGAGCCCGGAGCCCGACCACACCACGGCCCUCAACGGGGGCGGGAAGAGGGCGGUCCCCUCCUCCUCAUCGUCAUCAUCCUCCUCCUCCUCCUCCUUGUUGUCAUCGUCCUCCUCCUCGUCCUCCUUGUCAUCCUCCUCCUCCUCCUCACCUGCUCUUCAGGCUGUUGACCCAGGGGGUGCUGGGCCUGGAAGCUUGAGGGCAGGACCGGCCCACUGCCCCCUCCCACCCCGACGGGCUCCCGAAGGUGAGCCGGCUGCGCCCCCGAGCGAGGGCAGCAUCGCAGGCGGGUCCUCCCCCGCCACACUGGAGCAUCAGGUGCUCCGAAGGGCCGAUGGAGAGAGCCAGCCGCCGGGACCAGACGGUUGCCACGUGGGGGGUGGGGCCGAGGAGCAGAGCUUGCCACCGGCCACUGGCCCGGUGAGGACACUUGACUCGGCCGCCAGGACCCAGGCCCUGUUGCGGCGGCAGGCGGACAUCGAGAGCCGGGCGCGCCGGCUGCAGAAGCGCCUGCAGGUGGUCCAGGCCAAGCAGGUGGAGAGACACAUCCAGCACCAGCUGGGCGGCUUCCUGGACAAGACGCUGAGCAAGCUGCCCGGCCUGGCCUCCCUGAGCCACCGCAGCCGGCUGAUGCUGACCCGCCAGACCGAGGCCGCCCUGAGGAAGGCGGCCUGCUCCGAAGAAGGACUCGGCAGCUUCCUCAAGGGCGAGUCUCUCUCGGAGGAACUGGAGAGGUUCACGGCCAGCGGAGCGGCCAACCUGAGGGCCAGUGAGCGGGCAUUCGAUUCCGACGUCACCGACAGCAGCUCGGGCGGGGAGUCAGACGUGGAAGAGGAGGAACUGACCAGAGCCAAUCCCGAGCAGCACCACGUGCCCCUGAGGCAGCGGUCGGAAUGGAGGUGGGCCGCCGAUCGGGCCGCCGUGGUCAGCCGCUGGAACUGGCUGCAGGCGCACGUCUCUGACCUGGAGUACCGUAUCCGGCAGCAGACGGACAUUUACAAGCAGAUUCGUGCUAACAAGGGAUUGAUCGUCCUGGGAGAGGCCUCUCUCUCUGAGCCCGCUGAUGCCUCCCACCUCCCCAGCAUGGAGUUGAAGGUGGGGCUUGGGCGGGAGCGACUGGUGACACCCACUGCCCAGCCACGGGAAAACCACAGCGGGCCCAGCAGUCAGGCCACGGACUCCCUGCCUGGGAAGUCCUGUGGCCCCCUGAGACCCGUGAACGGAGUCAUUAACCCCCUCCAGCCUGGGCCGGCCGAGCCCCGAGCCGGGGACAACUCUGAUGUCGAGGGUCUGCGGCACAAGAAGCAGCGGCUGAAUCCGGUCUCGGCCCUGGCGGACGGCACCUGCGUGGCGGCCCGGGCCCGGCCCGUCCUCAGCUGCAAGAAGAGGAGACUGGUUCGGCCCAGCGCCAUCCUCCCCUUGUCCAAGAAGGCUCUGCGGAACAGUGCCAGCCGCUGUGGCUGUGAUGUGAACCCCUCCUGUGCCCUGUGUGGUGGAGGCGGCGGCAGCCCUGGGGGCGGCGGUGGCGGGGGCCCCGGCACCCCAGAUAUCCAGUAUGAAACCCCACUGCUGGAGCGCCUCUCCCAGCUGGAUUCCUGCGUCCACCCUGUCCUCGCAUUUCCGGACGACGUUCCCACGAGCCUGCACUUCCAGAGUCUGCUGAAAUCUCAGUGGCAGAAUAAGCCCUUGGAGAAGGUCAAACCACCCAAAAAGCUGUCGCUGAAGCCCAGGGCCCCCAUGGCUGGCACCCUUCCCGACCCUGCCCGCAAGGACCGGCACCGACUAGUCCAUUCCUUCCUCGCCACAGCAAAGUUGUCCCAGCACCACACCCGGCCUGACCAGGCCCCAAGGCAGUCCCUGGGAGGCCUGACAGUGCUGCCCACGUCCAGAGUGGAGCACUGGCUCCACCCGGCACCCGGGCACGAGCCGAGCCUCGGCAAAAUGCGUUUGCGAGAGCAUUCGUCCGAGAGGAGUGAAGUGCUGAAACAUCACUCAGACAUCGGGAGUCCCGGCUACCUGGGCCCUGCUACCCCCCACCCAGCACACAUCCCACUGGGCCGUCAGCUCUCCACAUCAUCUGAUGGCUCCGCCCCCUCCAGCUCUACUUCUCCGGGCGCAGCCAGCGUGUCCCAGCAGCCCGUGAGGAGGAGACGGGGAGAGAGCUCAUUCGACAUCAACAACAUUGUCAUCCCAAUGUCAGUGGCCGCCACCACCCGGGUUGAGAAGCUCCAGUACAAGGAGAUCCUCACCCCCAGCUGGCGGGAAGUGGAUCUCGGUGCCAUGAGGGCGAGUCCGGACGAGGAGAACGAAGAGAUAGAGGACCUGUCUGACGCAGCUUUCGCAGCACUGCAUGCCAAGUGUGAGGAGCUGGAACGGACCCGGUGGUUGUGGACCACCAGCUUGCCACCCCAGCGGCGGGGCAGCAGGUCUUACAGGUCGUCAGAUGGACGGACCACCCCCCAGCUGGGCAGCGCCAACCCCUCCACCCCCCAGCCCGCCUCCCCCGACGUUGGCAACGGCCACCCGUCGGCUGAGGCCUCCCACGGCCCGUGGCCCCACAGCCCCGCCAGCCCGGACCGGCUCUCCGUGCCCCUCACUCAUCUGCCCCGAGACCCCCUGAGGCCACCGCCCGGCGAGGAGCUCCGCUGCCCCACACCAGAGUCGGGGCUGGAUGAACAGGCGGUGCAGCCCUGGGAGAGACGCAGCUUUCCUCUGCCGGCCCCCCCCGAGGCCCAGCCUGAGGACCACCGGGCCGACCCGCAGGAGCGGGGGGCGGCACGCUGCACGCGACGCACAUCCGGGGGCAGGACGGCCCGUGAGCCCGACAGUGCGCCGGCCUCACCUUCCCCGGCCGGCUUCAAAGGUCGCCACCAGGCAGCCGGGGCGGGGGCCGCGGCUGGGGGCACCGCAGCGGCCCCGCAGCGCGCCGCCCACAGAUGAGCCUGGGGGAGUCGACACACUCACUCACCAUUGGCAUUAUUAAAGCUUCAGAAACGUCUGCGUUUGAUAUUCAAACAUCCUCUGCCGGAAAUUUUCACAGUUUUUAGUGAAUUUAAGGAGUUUAGAAACUGUUUUGGGAUCUGUUAUUGUUGUUAUUAUUAUUAUUAUUGUUAUUAUUAUUUCUUUUUGGUUUUGUUUUCCACAUUUCUUUGUCCCACCAGAACGGUCCUUCCCAUUGGCAAAUGGAAAUCGAAGGGGGGGAGAACCUGGCCCUGCCCCCCACCCCCACCCACCCAGCAGCCGAGCCGGCACCCUGGACCCAGAUUGUCUCCCCUGAGGAGUGAUGGGGUCCAUUUCGAUGCUCUCCGUGCCCACCCCACCCCGUCCCUUCCCUGGGCUCCGGGAGAAAGGGUUGGCUUCCGUCUUGGACCUUCCUUGGGUUGAGGGGGUGCAGCCCUGCCCCCUCAUCCCCCACCCACCCUCCAGUUGAGACCUACAGGAGUGUGAAGGACUCAGGGAGAAGGGGGAAUUGCAGCUCUCUGCUGACCCUCAGCUCGUCUUGGCCCUCUAGGUGGGACAACGUGGCUGCCGACCAGCACCGUUUGUCCAAGCCUGAUUCCUUUCCCCCGUCCUCAACCUGCACCCGCCUCUGCCCCUGCUCAGGCUCCUGCCUUCCUCCUUCCUCCCUCCCCACUGCCCAUCCUGCUGGGGUCCUGCUUCACCUCUCCCCAUCCCUGUUCCCCAGCAAAGUCAAAUGGUUCAAGAGCGGCACCCUGGGCUCCCCCGACUCCAGCCCCCGGCCAUCCCGGAACUGCCCCUCGUUCUGGCCUGCCUUCGCCCCCCAAGCCUCCUUUCCUCAUCUUCUGUAUAAUCACCACCAGAAAGGAAAAACGAAGCAUCAUUUUCUUUUUGCCAUUUUGUAAUCGUAUAAAAAUAGUAGCUAAACUGCUUUAAUGGUCAGGGUUUUUUCACAAUUUUCAACAUAAUCUCGUGGUUUUUGUUCUGUUUGCUAGUUAAGGGGUUUGCCAUCGUUUCUUUACAAACCAGUAAUGCACCGUAUCUGUAUCCCUAUGCAUAAGUUCCUCUUCUAUUUAUAAGGUUGAAAAUUCUGAAUAACCCUUUUAGCAUUGUAAAAAAACACAAAAGAGUAAAAAAACCCUUGUAUUUUGUAAAUAUUUUCUUUUCUGCUUGGAGCUGUGCAGCGGCUGGCAG